CCCAAGGCGCCCGGCAUUCCCGACAAGCCCCGCGGCGGCCGUCAACCGCCGGAUUUGAAUCUCUGCACCUACGACUGAAAGCGACUAGGCCGGCGGCGGGAUGGGAGCUCCGACGUUGCCCCCCGCCUGGCAGCUCUACCUCAAGGACCACCGCAUCUCUACGUUCAAAAAUUGGCCCUUCCAAGAGGGCUGCGCCUGCACACCGGAACGGAUGGCCGAGGCCGGUUUCAUUCACUGCCCCACCGAGAACGAACCCGACUUGGCCCAGUGCUUCUUCUGCUUCAAGGAGCUGGAAGGCUGGGAGCCGGAUGACGACCCCAUAGAGGAACAUAAAAAGCAUUCAUCUGGGUGUGCUUUCCUUUCUGUCAAAAAGAAAAUUGAAGAAUUAACCCUCAGUGAAUUUCUGAAGCUGGACAAAGAAAGAGCCAAGAACAAAAUUACCAAAGAAACCAACAACAAGCAGAAAGAAUUUGAAGAAAUGGCAAAGAAAGUCCGCUGCACCAUUGAGCAGCUGGCUGCCCUGGACUGAUGCCCCUGGCCACACUUCCUGUCCCGAGUGGAAAGCAGCAAUGCCAAGGCACAUCCCCCGGUGUUGCUGACUUAUCUCUGGGCCCCUUCAGAGUACCUCAGGGAGGAAGACAUUGCCAUUCUGAAAUUAGAAUAUGUAAACUUCAUCUGUGCUUUUUCUUGACAGUGGCACCACAGUGACUCUGUCUCCUCUGUCCCUGAUAGUUUUGCUUUUACUGAUUUCUUCACCAACAGGUGAGAAGCGGGAGGAGGCAGAGUCUGUUUGCAAGGGUGGAGCUUCCCACAGGAAGGCGCCUCGGCUUUGAGUUGGUGACUGGCUGUGGAGGCCAAGCAGUCACAGACCUUAGACCCAUGUGUCUGCACAGAUAGAACUGAGGAAGCCACUUCAGAAAUGCUCUCCUUGCAUGCUCAUCUAACUUUCUAAUGUUCCAAAUUUGUAUUGUCUCUGUAUUGUCUCCCUUUGUUGCCUUUGAGUCCUGAGGCCACCUUCUCCCUUCUCCCUAGCUAGGUGUGUGCUACUGUAGCAGUUUCCAUCUGCCCCAGGGCAGAUUGUACAGAAUCAGGUCCCUGCCAGACCUUAGCUGUAGGCCAAGCGUGCCCAAGGAUGUCCUCACCUGUCUGUCAUCCAGUCCAUUGGGGAGCCUAGUAACAUCGUGCCUCAGGCUGCCCAGCGACUGGUUGAGACACACAUCACCAUGUGCAAGGACACCCUGAAAGGGUGAAACUGUGCUGCAGGUGUCUCUCUCUUUCCUUCUCUCUCUAAUAUUUGAUUUGCUUUAAUGAGAGAGCUAUAGAGAGAAGGAUACACACAAGAGAGAGAGAGAUCAGAGCACUGCUCAGCUCUGGCUUAUGGUGGUGCAGUUAGAGCCCUUUCCAAUCUGAGCGGCUAAGCAGGGCGGGAGAAGGAGAGCUGAUGCCCAAGGCCAGAAUAAAGCCUGCCUCUCACCUUGACCUACUGAAGAUACCUUUUCUGCUCCAGUGGACACAGCAGGGCUGCUACAUUGCUCUAAAACAGAUGCAGGGAAGUUCUCAAUGUCAGAGGCAUUUUCCAAAGGCCUGGGACCUUGCUUUGUCCUCUCCCCAAAGCUCACUUGGUUUGGUCCUAAUGAGGCUGAUUUCCUUCCAGGGUUCUGCCUUCAACAGGCUGUCCCUAACAGAUGGGGCCUGCAAGGGAAGGCAACAAAACAAAACAAACAGAAAGCCCUUGGGAGGAGUGCUUGGUCUCAGUAUUUCUAGUACUCUAUAAACAGUGAUUUAAGUGCUGUGGAUUAAGAGGCUGGUAAUUCACUGGUCUUUCUAAUGUGAACUCUCGGUGGGGGCAAUGGAAUAAAUUUAAAAAUGAACUGGAAA